AUGGACACAUCAACCACUCCUCCGCCCAAGGCGGUCUCUGCCAAACGAGAGCCUCCACCCGAGAAACCAGAAGCAUUGAGCUUACGGACGAAGAUUGUCUUCUCUUUUUGGGCUGUCAUAGUAUUGCUUGGGGUGCCGACAUGGUGGCAGACCACCUCAAUCUACCGGGCCAGCUUGCCCCUGCAAGAAAUGGUCGACUGGGCGGAUGGACUCAACACUCCUACUUCCAUUCCUUUACAUAUAUGGGCUGAAGCUCCUGGCCUUCCUUGUUCCGACGCGCAACGACUUGUUCAAGAUACCCAGCAAGUACUCGAUGACCUUAACGAGUAUCCUACCUUACAUCAGCGGCUACAUCUUGUUAGUGGGCUAUGGAAUGAUGGAAGUAGUGAAUGGGAAAAACAGCAUUCGGGUUGCGGCGAAGAUCCCACGAGUCCAGCUCUGGGAGAACCGUCGCUCAAGAUCCUUCUGGAGCCUGCAACAGCCUCUUUCGAGUUCAAGCUGGAUCCUGUCGCUGCCACAGCUACUGUACGCGGACCAAUGAAUCAUCUUCCCAACCAACUGGCAGAUAAACUCCAAGACCUUUUCAAGGACGAGCAGAUUGCGGCGGCACUUCAAGUGGUCUCGCUCGCGAGCCAUACAAACUAUGCGCAGUCCUUUCUUCGGUCGCAGUCUCUCGACCACAUCAAUGGUAUCGAGAAGCGGAUCAGUCGUGCUUACAAGGCAUCACCAGAGUUCCAUUUGACUUUCUCCCUUUUCACGGCUACUGGAUCGCCCUCGAGCUGGGACGUGCAGGAGGCUCUCAAAGACAACAUUUAUCCUCUUGUCCACGCAUUGUCGAACGUUGUCAAGAUUGGCAUAACUACGCAGGUGCAGCUCUACUCGGCAUUUUCGCCAGCUGUCCGGCCUGUAUCUAUUGAGGGAUACAAUGGCACGCUUUUACCACAAAAAGAUCUCACAGCCUUCGUGAAUGCUGCAGAAUGGCCACUUGCUCCAUCUAUCGGAGAAGGACCUACGCUCAAUUUCAUUCUUUACGUUCCUUCUCUCGACCAGAUUCCAUUGGCGAUUGAGGGAAGCGAAGGGACGUCGUGGCUGAUUCCCCAAUGGGGUGGUAUCCAAAUUCUCAAUCCGCAGCUGAAUGCCGACGCUGUCUCCGGACACGCUGCGUUGCCUAGUCAUCUGAACAGGAAUACCUUGCAGCUACCAUUUCAGACCUUCUCAUCGCAGCUUCUGUCGUUGCUAGGUGUCUUGCACUCGGAAGAGUCAACCAAGAAUCUACCUCUUCAACUCCGUCUUGAUGCGUAUAAGCGUUACUCUACGCUAACCCUCUACCUGAAAGCUGCGUCCAGCUUAGGCUCGUUGUCGCGAUUGGCACAGCGGCUUAGCAACAUUCCUAUCCCAAAGCAUGUCGCACAAUUGGUCGACGACACCAUCGGGAACCUGACUGCAUGCUGCCAUGCAUUCCGGGACAGCAGGUGGGAUGUCGCGCUUUCGCAUGCUCAGAUUGCAUAUCAAGAUAGCGAGAAGGCCUUCUUUGACAAGUCCAUGGUGGGACAAGUCUAUUUUCCUGAUGAGCACAAAGUUGCUGUUUACCUACCUCUGCUCGGCCCCAUUGGCGUACCUCUCGUCGUCGGACUACUACGAGAACUCAAGAGAAUGGCCUCAAAGAGAAAGUCCGUUGCAAACUAA